AUGCUCGUUUGUCUCCACACCUUAGGUUUCGGGAUGACCACGCCAGCAACUGUGGCUGGGAAAGUAUUCCUCAUCAUUUAUGGCCUUUUUGGGUGUGCUGGGACUAUUCUUUUCUUCAACCUCUUCUUGGAGCGCAUUAUCUCUCUCCUGGCAUUUAUCAUGAAGGCGUGCCAUGAGAGACAGCUGCGAAGAAGCGGUCUCCUACCUCCCAACUUCCGAAGGGGGCCAGCUAUGUCAGGGGUGGGCAGCCUUGUGGGGUGGAAGCCAUCCGUUUACCACGUGAUGCUGAUUCUGGGAAUUUUUGCUAUUACCCUUUCCUGCUGCGCCUCUGCAAUGUACACAGCGGUGGAAGGAUGGAACUACGUUGACUCCUUGUACUAUUGCUUUGUCACCUUCAGCACCAUCGGCUUUGGAGAUUUGGUAAGCAGCCAAAAUGCUGCGUACCAAAAUCAGGGAUUAUACAGAUUCGGAAACUUCAUAUUUAUAUUAAUGGGGGUAUGUUGCAUAUACUCUCUUUUUAAUGUCAUCUCAAUUGUAAUCAAGCAAGUUUUGAACUGGGUGUUGAAAAAAUUUGAAUGCAGAUGUUGCCCAAAGUGCCAUAAAUCAAGUGCCCGCCUUGGACGUCGCAACGCCAUCACCCCAGGAGCCCGCCUACGUCGACACAACAUCUCAGUGGACGCUGAUGGACAGUAUGACAGUGACACCGAGGGGAGGAGGCUCUCUGGAGAGAUGAUCUCCAUGAGGGAGCUCACGGCAUCGAAUAAAGUCUCCCUGGCCAUUUUGCAAAAGCAGUUGUCUGAGACAGCCAAUGGCUACCCGAGGAACGUUUGUAUCAAUACGAGACAAAACGGUUUCUCCGCAGGGGUGGGUGCUCUAGCCAUCAUGAACAACCGCUUGGCAGAAACCAGUGAUUCUAGGUAG